GGUGCAGCACUGAAAAUGGUCCCCCAUGUUUUCCUUUCAAAGUGCGGUCAGUAGGAUUGGUUACUUUCAAUAUGUCGGGCGGCAGGAAGGGCCGCUCGGUGGCCAACGCUCUGGACACAGCCUUAACCACACCGAGCGAGCGGAUCCUGAGGGAGUGUCACAGUCUGUAUGUGGACAGCGAGAACGGCCUCGUGAAAAUAGCCUCCAGUCUGGGGCUGAGGUUGCUGCCACCUCGAAAGAAGAUAAUAGUGAUGAUUAUGGGGAACCACUCUGCUGGGAAAAGCUCCUUUAUUAACUGGUACGUGGAGGAGCACAUUCAGAAGACAGGUGUUGCCAUAGAAACGCAAGGGUUCACAUUUAUAACCAGCGGCAGGAAAAGAGAAUCGCUGACCGGGAAUGCCACGCUCCACCUCUACCCACAUUUCAGACCGCUCCUGGAGUUUAAAGGUGUCACGGACUACCUGUCUGCUGAGAUCUCCACCUCCAAGCAGAAGAAAUUCAGCCUGGUGACGUUUGUGGACACCCCGGGGCUGGUGGACGGAGACAUGAUCUACCCCUUCGAUGUCAACAGCGCCAUCACGUCGUUUGGCGAGCAGGCGGAUCUGAUCUUCGUGUUUUUCGACCCGAUGGGGCAGGCGCUGUGUAAGCGAACGCUCAACAUCGUGGAGAAGCUGAGCGAGAAAUGUGGAGACAAAUUACGCUUCUACCUCAGUAAAGCUGACGAGGCGGGACGAGAGACAGACAGACAGAGAGUGAUGAUGCAGAUCGUUCAAGAGCUGUGCCGCAGACCGGGACUCAACAAAUGCGGCUUUGAGAUGCCCACAAUAUACAUCCCCAAUCCGCAGAGACCGAGCAGGUGUGUGAAUCAAAUCGACGGGGUGUGUGAGACAAUAGAGAAGAGCAUUAACCAAGCUGUGCAGAAAACCCUGGACCAGCUGGAGAAAGACUGUGACCUCAUCACCUCCACCAUCAGCAAUAAGCUGGCCCAGGACAGGGCUAACAUGAGCUAUAAUAAGAGCAGCCUCAUCAACUCGUUCCUGUGCGGACUUCUAGCGUUCUUCCUCCCCACGCUCUUCAUCACCAGCUUUCUUGUCACCACCUUUGCCCCGGAGGAGUUAGACACACUAGUGGGGGAGGGGCUUGCUAGGGUCCUCUACAUGUCUACGGGAGUAGUGAUGUAUCUGUGGGAAUGGAUUCCUGAAGAUGGACAGUUAGUUUCGAUCAUUGUGUUUGGAGCGAUGUGCUACUUUUUCUUUUUCCUCGCCAGGUAUUUUGCACGCCAAGGCUGUAAGACUCUCACAAAGAAAGAGAAGAAGAAUCUGAUGGAGUGCAGUGAGUACGUUCAGGAUGUCAUCAAAGCCAAAAAGAAGAAGCUGUAUGAAGAAUACCUCCAGCAGUGUGCAGCGGAAUACGAGUUCUAAACCAAGCACAAAGCAGCAUGGAAGACUUCAGAUCAGUGGGCAUUUUAUAGUAGCAAAAUAAGCACAUCUUUAAGUCAGAUGGUAUGACCGUUAUGUGCUAUGUGUUUCUCACAUCACAUAGGAGUCAGUUCUAUGUACUCCACAUAACAAUAAUAAUAAUAAUAAUACCCAGUGCCUUUUUAUUUGUUCAGUGUGAAUGAACAUGUAUGAAAAAUGUGACACACAAAUAUGACCUCACUGUGAUCUUUAAAACCAGCCUAUACUAUUACUUCAAAUAUUUAAUUCACUUAGUAUUGUUUACAUGUUAAUAAGCUGCACUGGCUCAAAGACUUCUUAAAGCUACAUUCUGUGAAUUUUUAUCUUGUAUCUGGGGUUUAUUAUAGUAAAUAUAGUUAUUGGGGUAUCUGGGGUUUAUUAUAGUAAAAAGUUGCAUAAGCUGCUUGAGAAGCGUUGCUGAAAAUCUAGUUACCAUCACAUCAAUGUAAGCUCAGAUGCUUUAUCGAUCUUAGAAAAGGUAAAAAUGAUUGAAUGUGGCUUCAGAUCAAAUGAAACUGCCUUUUUUGUGAGUCAGAUUUGCUACUGUCUUUUUUCGAAAUUGUAAAUGCAUCUGUUUGUGUGCUCUUCUGUAUUAAGCUGUGAUUUCAAUGAGGUUAAAUCAGUUUUGCUGAUAAUUGAUCACUGCAAUGAUUGAAUUCCUCAAACUCUUCUACUUUUAUAUUAAAGCCAGCAAUGUAGUGUGUAACAAACUACUGAGGCAAUAUUUAUACUUUGUUUAGAUUGGACACAAAACCCCAAGAUGUUAUUUGUAAAAAAAUGUCCAGUGGACAAAAUCUCAAAAAAUGGAGCUCCAAUUUUAAAAUCAUAGAUUUGUGCUAUGUGCUUAUAGUAUUGAGCCUUGUAUCCUGUAUAUUGUAUACCAUGUUGUGAUUUUUUUUUUUAACUUGUCUGUCGUUGUUUUCCAGUCCAUCUGACUUUCUUGUGUUUUAUAAACUCCAGCACAACUAAAUCAACUCAUCAGACCACUUUCACAACCUUCAUGAAGUUAUAAUUGAUGUGUUUGAGCAGAUAAAACACUUAAAAGUGUAAGGGAUCUGUGAGCAUGACCACGUACCAUUGAGUGUUUUGCUCUAUGUGACCCAUAGUUUCAUAGUUCAUUACUAAUGUAAAUGCAUAGUAAUACUUUGUCAAUGCAAAAACCAUAAUUUAGGGCUUUUUGCAAUACAUCUAUUUUGAUAACAGUUAUGGUUCUUAUUCCAUGAAGAUUUUUUCUCAGUGUAUGUCAUUUUCAAAUCCUCACCUUUUAUAAUAAUUUAUUAUAUCUCUAUAGAAGUGCUUUAUUCUCCAACUUUUCUAAUAGUUUUGUACUUGAUUUAUUUAACCACCAGUCUCAUCUUUGGUCAAACGUCUUCUGUACCUGACUGGUGAAACUGUGCUCCAGCAUUGUGACUCCUUUGUAUUGUACCUGCUGUUAAUAGUGGAUCAUUUUAAAAUUAUUCUGUCUUCUUCAAGUUGGCUCAGUUACACAAUAUUCGGUUAUGCCUUUGUGUUAAUCAAGUUAGCAUGAUUUUAUUUUAAAGUAAUUGUUUCUUCUGUGUAUGUGAGCAUGUUAAACAUCGACUGAGAGAAUGAAUAAACACAGUGAAGACAUGGUA